AUGCGCGGUGUCCGGCUGCCGGCCUGGACUCCCGGCGUCAGCCCUCGGCUGGUUUUGAGACCGCAGAGCGCCGUGCUCUGCAACAUCUUGCCUGUGGCAAACCGAAGCAUCUCUCGGUCUGGCGCGUGCAAUGUCUCAAAUCGACUGUAUAACACCGCCUCUGGGGCUCUUGGCGACAGAGCCGGUGGUUCCAUCCGACCAGCCGAGAUGACGUUCCUGCUUCGCCAACCUACCUCCCAAUAUACCCUGUCUACCUCUCGCAUCGUUCCUCAAACGCGUUUUCUGAGUUCUACGUCGUGUCUCCUCCAAGCGAAGCCGCCCUCACUGCCAUUGAAUCCCUCCCAGGCCAACAGCCGCCCAGUUCCGGAAAAAGAGGCUGAAGAUGCCGAAGAAGAUAAAGGGUUCGAACUUUCGGAAAGAGCUGCUCAAGCUGCGCAGGUCAACCUCCGGGCUAAGCUGGCUAAGGAUGGUGCGUCGGGCAAGAACUCCGGCUUCGCGGAAAUCUGGCGGUUGUUCAAGAUUGCGCGACCUGAAGCGAAGGCGCUCGGUUUCGCCUUCUUCUUCCUGUUGAUUUCGUCGUCCAUCACCAUGUCGAUCCCCUUCUCAAUCGGUAAGAUCAUGGACACGGCUACGAAGAGUGAAGAGGAAGGCGGAAGCCAGCUGUUUGGCCUAAGCAUCCCAAUGUUCUACACUGCUCUCGGUGGAGUUCUGCUCGUGGGUGCCGCUGCCAACUACGGCCGUAUCAUCAUCCUCCGAAUUGUCGGCGAACGAAUUGUCGCCAGACUGCGCUCUAAGCUCUUCCGCCAGACGUUUGUCCAGGAUGCCGAGUUCUUUGAUGCGAAUCGGGUUGGUGAUUUGAUCUCCCGGCUUAGCUCUGACACCAUUAUUGUUGGCAAAAGCAUUACGCAGAACUUGUCUGAUGGACUCCGUGCGGGUGUCAGCGGUGUGGCUGGGUUUACUCUGAUGGCCUAUACCAGUCUGAAGCUGUCCAGCAUCUUGGUUCUCUUGCUUCCCCCCAUUGGUUUGGGUGCCCUCUUCUAUGGACGAGCUAUCCGUAAUCUGAGUCGCAAAAUUCAGAAGAACCUGGGUACAUUGACUAAGAUUGCUGAGGAGCGUCUGGGUAACGUGAAGACUAGUCAGUCAUUUGCAGGUGAAAUUCUGGAAGUCAACCGAUACAAUACACAAGUACGCAAGAUCUUCGACCUGGGUAAACGGGAGUCUUUGAUUAGUGCGACCUUUUUCAGCUCGACCGGAUUGAUGGGUAACAUGACCAUUUUGUCUUUGCUUUACGUUGGAGGCGGCAUGGUUCAAUCAGGCGCUAUCAGCAUCGGAGAGUUGACUUCGUUCUUGAUGUACACUGCAUAUGCUGGGUCUAGCAUGUUUGGUUUGUCAAGCUUCUACUCCGAGCUUAUGAAGGGUGUCGGUGCUGCAAGCCGGCUUUUCGAGCUGCAAGAUCGCCAACCGACUAUCCAUCCCACCAAGGGCAUCAAGGUUGAGUCCGCUCGAGGACCUAUUCGAUUUGAGAAUGUCUCCUUCAGCUAUCCCACCCGUCCUGCUGUGACAAUCUUCAAGGACUUGAACUUUGAGAUCCCACAGGGAACCAAUGUCGCCAUUGUCGGUCCUUCUGGAGGUGGCAAGUCGACUAUUGCAUCGAUUCUGCUUCGCUUUUAUAGCCCAACUGCAGGCAAGGUUAUUAUCAACGGAAAGGACAUCAGUACUAUGAACGCCAAGUCGCUCCGGAGAAAGAUUGGUGUGGUCGCCCAGGAGCCUGUUCUCUUCUCUGGAACCAUCGCCGAGAACAUUUCUUAUGGUCGGCCUCGUGCUACACGAUCUGAGAUUGUCGCUGCGGCCCGGAAGGCCAACUGCCAAUUUAUCAGUGACUUCCCCGAUGGACUUGAUACCCCUGUGGGAGCUCGCGGUGCGCAGCUGUCCGGUGGACAGAAACAGCGCAUUGCCAUUGCCCGUGCACUGAUCAAGGAGCCAGAUAUUUUGAUUCUCGACGAAGCCACCUCUGCCCUUGAUGCUGAAUCGGAGACAUUGGUCAACAGUGCCUUGGCCGCUCUUCUCCGCGGCAAUAACACCACCAUCAGCAUCGCCCAUCGCCUCUCCACCAUCAAGCGCUCCGACACAAUCAUCGUGCUCGGGCCCAACGGCACGGUGGCCGAACAAGGCACAUACGAAGAGCUCAGCUCUCGUCCUGACGGAGCCUUCACCAAGCUCAUGGAGUGGCAGAUGAGCGGCGGAGACGCCAUCCCGGCUCCGCCGGCGCGGGUAGUCCCGCCAGAGGACCUCUACAAGCUCGAGAAGGAAACGGAGGAGCAAGAUCUAGAAGAGGACGAGGUGGAGGAAUCCAAGUCCCAGAAAAAGGAAUAG